AUGAACCACGCGCGCGAAAUGAUGCCAGAUGAAGAGCCGCGCCAGAAGCGGCAGCGAGUGCUUGCAUGUAGGCGUUGCAGAAGUCGGAAGCAAAAAUGCGAGGAUAACAGACCCUGCACAAACUGUCUCAGAUCAGGUGAUCAAUGUAUGGCAACGGAGCCAGCAUCUCGCACUCUUGUUGAGAGCCAUUAUGUGCGCGCUCUCGAAGAACGAGUAGCUGAGCUUGAGAAACAGAAUCCUGAACACAACAUUGAUCACCUUGCCUCCGACCACGCUCAGCUUAACGGACAGCCCAUAGCUACUACCAGUCCCUCGAGAGAGCAUCUCUCAGUUUCUCCAGGUCAAACUCAGUUGCAUUCUGUCGCGCGUGGGACCCAUUCGAAUCCCUCGCCUAGUGCAACAGCAGCCAUAUCCAUUGAUGAUGACUCUGACACUGGCCUCGAUCAGACCAUCUACGGCCUCGUCACCUCCCCUUCGACUUGCGAUGAUGGACGUCAAUCUGCCGUGGCUGCUACCCCGGGGAAUGCUCCAGCAGCGAGUAAUGGCGACUUCCUUCAUCAAAACCUCAUCACCGCCAUGCCUGCAGAGCUACAGCAGGUUCUAAUCAACGCCUACAAGGAGCGUGCACAGACGCAAUAUCCCAUGUUGCACUGGAACAAUUUCCUAGAAUGGGUCUCUGAUUGGAAGACUUGUGCUGCUUCAGGUAUGCCCUCUCGAUACUGGCAGGGCUUUUUCGUCAAUCUCGUCUACUCAACUGCCUUACUACUUCUAUCCCUGCCACGUGUUGGUCAAACUGAUGCCAGGGUUCUUUACAAGCAAGGGAUGACUUUACUACCACAUGUGCUGAGGCAACCUAACCCAAUCCUCCACGUACAAGCUUAUUUAUUACUCAGUAUCCACGCCCUUCAUCGGAGCUCUACGCCGCGGCUUAUCUCUCUAGCAUCAACCACGAUGCGAUACUGCAUUCAGUUUCAGUUCCAUCUCGCUGAUUUGGAGCCUGACCCUGUUGAUGUGACUAUCCGAUUAGAGAAUCAGCUUCGCCGCCGCUGUUUCUGGUGCGCCUAUGUCAUGGACCGGCUUGUCAUGUCCUCAUUCGAGCUUCCACCCUCAGUGUCGGACACCAUGAUAACGGCGAAGCUCUACGCAAAUAUCGAUGAUGAAGAUAUCGAGACGGUGGCUGCACAGACAGCAGCUGACGAGGAGCUACCAAACUCAAGUAAAUAUACAUCCGUAUCGUCUGCCUUGCAUAUCCUACAAUGUCGCCGCAUACAGUCUGAGAUCUUUGGAUAUACCCUCCACUGGGAAUACAAGUCCCGGUAUGAGGACUCGUUGGACUGGAGACUGCAGAUUCUCAAUGAGUUGGAAAGCUACAAGGCACGUGUUCAAAACUUUACAGAUCCCCAGUCUAAAGGCCAUACUUCACAGCGCUGGCUUGCUAUGAUAUAUCAUUAUACGCUAUUGACUCUUUACCGCCCAACCAUGGAUAAUGUUCUGGGUCCUGCUGGAGAUUGGUCAAUUCAAGCCGGUUCACAAGCCUGCCUCAUAUUUCGAAAGUCUCAAAUGGACCGACAGAUUGCUCAGGCAUGGCUUGGUGUAAGUCGCAGCUCUAACCAGUGA